AUGGAUGUCGAGGAGUCGCCAUGGGCCGACUCGGGCCACAGCCCGAGGGAGACUUCCCAGGCCGAGCCUGUCAGCUCUCAGCCCUCAGGUUCGCAAGCUGCACCUGCGACACCUCGCCCAUCGCGCGGGCCACGGCGCCUCGUCGCCCAGCCUACCCGCCUUGAAGCCGUGGAAGAUCCUUUGGGUCCUCUUAGUGCUUCAGCUGAUGAAAAUGACGGAACGUCAGACGCGCCGCCAGUGCCGCCGCAGAAGGAGCAGAUGGUGAUCCGAACUACGAUGCCUCAACAGCAGCAGUCUCGACGACCGAUUGACCCUCACCAAGUGAGUGAUGAUGAUUUCAGAAGCCCUGGAAGUCCGAGGGCGCCGCCUCCAGUCGAACCUGCAAGACCGAGCAGUGUCCGAAGCGGCACACAACCCAGUGUCAGCAUCGAGCAGGCUUCGAAGCCUUCCUUCCAUAUUACCGUUGGCGACCCGGUCAAAAUUGGUGACUUGACAAGCUCACACAUUGUUUAUUCUGUCAGGACCAAGACCACUUCUCGAGCCUACAAGCAGCCCGAAUUCGAGGUCAAGCGACGAUAUCGUGACUUUCUCUGGCUAUACAACACCCUGCACACGAACAAUCCCGGCUGCAUUGUCCCUCCACCUCCUGAAAAACAGGCAGUCGGUCGAUUCGAUAGCAAUUUUGUCGAGGCUCGACGAGCAGCUUUGGAGAAAAUGCUCAACAAGACGGCUGCUCACCCUACCCUGCAACACGAUGCUGACCUCAAGCUGUUCCUGGAGAGCGAGGCUUUCAAUGUUGACAUUAAACAUCGGGAGCACAAGGAACCUAUUCCUGCCGAGAGCAAAGGUGUUUUCGGCUCUUUGGGUAUUAGUGUGGGACGCGGAGAUAAGUUUGUUGAGCAAGAUGACUGGUUCCACGACCGCAAGGUCUACCUCGAUGCUUUGGAGAACCAGCUCAAGGGGCUUUUGAAGGCCAUGGAGACCAUGGUUGGGCAGCGCAAGAUGAUGGCUGAGGCGGCCGGCGACUUUUCAGCUUCCCUUCAUGCUCUUUCUACCGUCGAACUAUCGCCAACUCUGUCUGGUCCUCUGGAAGCUUUGUCCGAACUUCAACUCACGAUUCGGGAUGUGUAUGACCGACAGGCUCAGCAAGAUGUGCUCACUUUCGGAAUCAUCAUUGAGGAAUACAUCCGCCUUAUUGGGUCCGUGAAGCAAGCUUUCAGUCAACGCCAGAAGGGUUUCUACGCCUGGCACUCUGCGGAGUCGGAGCUUCAAAAGAAGAAGAGCACACAGGAUAAAUUACUUCGACAGGGAAAGAGUCAGCAGGAUCGCCUGAACCAGAUGAAUGCCGAGGUUGGCGAGGCGGAGAAACGAGUACAUCAAGCAAGAUUACUCUUUGAGGAGAUGGGUCGGUCACUGAAGACUGAAAUCGAUCGGUUUGAAAAGGAGAAGGUGGAGGAUUUUAAGAGCGGAGUGGAAACAUUCCUCGAGAGCGCAGUCGAAGCGCAGAAGGAGCUAAUUGAGAAAUGGGAAACGUUCCUGAUGCAAUUGGACGCAGAGGAUGAUGAGUCAGUCUUUUAUCGACCGCCGGUAUACAAACAGCAGUCGAAGCCACCUGGUGACACGGCCAUCGACAGGGCCAGGGCAAGGAUGGAUGAGGAUUCUGACUAG